CCGUGUAAUUAGCGACGCUCCCACACCGGUAACGGACGGCGGCUUUUGCUUUUUUUUUUGAGGGUAGGACGGCGGCUUUUGCUUAGGCGGGCGGCAGCGAGGGGGGAGGAAGCGAAGCGAGGCUGCUGCUCUGGCCUGCCCACCGCCCUCUCCGUUCCGUCCCCCUCCCACCCCUCGGCUUUCAGGCGAGACGGCCGGAGCGAGCUAGCGGGCGCGUGGGAGUGCGGCCUGCUGCUGCUGGUGGUUGCGGAGGAGGCGGGAGGGAGCUCGCGGCCGCGGCCGGCGUGCAGUGGCCAGGAGACAGUAUGAGGCAUUGGCUUUGUUGCAAUGGCCAGAGCGGUGACGACGACGACAGACAUGAGGUGGAACAUUCCAAAGCUCAGGGGAAUAAGAUAGACGGCAAGCUAAAAUCUUCGAAACCUGCUGACCAACCUCAGCCAGAUAUUUCCCCUCCUACAAUUGAUGUCCCAGAACUGUCAUUUGAGGACUUGAAAGAAAAGACUGACAAUUUUGGAUCGAGUUCCCUGAUUGGUGAAGGUUCAUAUGGACGAGUAUAUCAUGCUACCAUGGAUGAUGGCAGGCAAGCGGCUAUUAAGAAAUUUGAUGCAUCUGAAAAUGAGCCCAACGAUGAAUUCUUGAAACAGGUCUCACUUGUAUCAAGGCUAAAACAUGAAAAUCUUGUGGAGAUGCUGGGCUACUAUGUGGAGGGCAACUAUCGUAUACUGGCAUAUGAAUUUGCAACAAUGGGUUCUCUUCACGAUGUUCUGCAUGGAAGAAAAGGAGUUCAAGGUGCGCAGCCUGGCCCUGUGCUUGACUGGAUGCAGAGAGUCAAAAUUGCUAUCGAGGCGGCAAAAGGUAUAGAGUACCUACAUGAGAAGGUUCAGCCUUCAAUCAUCCAUCGGGACAUCAGAUCAAGCAAUGUGCUUCUGUUUGAGGACUUCAAGGCGAAAAUUGCGGACUUCAACCUCUUAAAUCAAGCUCCUGAUAUGGCAGCACGUCUCCAUUCGACUCGUGUAUUAGGGACAUUUGGAUAUCAUGCUCCAGAAUAUGCUAUGACUGGCCAGCUGACACAGAAGAGUGACGUCUACAGCUUUGGCGUGGUUCUUCUUGAACUUCUGACUGGAAGGAAACCGGUUGAUCACACAAUGCCUCGGGGGCAGCAAAGUUUAGUCACUUGGGCUACUCCAAGAUUGAGUGAAGAUAAGGUGAAGCAAUGCGUAGAUCCUCGGUUGAAGGGAGAAUAUCCUCCAAAGGGAGUUGCUAAGCUUGGUGCGGUGGCAGCUCUGUGCGUGCAGUAUGAAGCAGAGUUCAGGCCCAACAUGAGCAUCGUCGUCAAGGCGCUCUCGCCUCUGCUACAACAAAGAGCAGCAGCGCCGGCAGCCUCUGAGCUGGCCCCGGCACCCGGGGCUUAGGAGGUGUUGGAUCAUGAGACUUCCCAGCGCUUACUAGCCCGAAAUGGCACACCUGGUGUGAUUUGCAAGCGGUUUGUAGAUUUGUUUUGCGGGAUUCUUCGGUCGGAUACAGAAUAUUUUCUCUGCCAGUCUGUUGCCACCCUAGGGACUUCUCUGCUGUUUGAGAUUUGUGCAGUGCAUUUGUCUGUUAUAGGUGGUUAGUGGUUAUCUGUUCUCUUUUUACUGGAAGUGCAUAUCGGAAGUGUUGAAAACUCGAGACAUCGUUUGGAACUAGAUUAAGUGCAACAUGCUCAGAGCUUCUAUA